UAGUGUUUUCUUGCCCAUACGUUGGCGUUUUAACGGGAGUAGUUGGAAGAAUUGUUCCAUCUAAGGGGAAAGGAAAUCAAACGGAGCCAGGAUCAGGGCAGGUAGGGGACCUGGACGUGCACCCACACCCUCAAAAGAUGCCCUGAGCUGAGAAACAUCUGCCCCUCAACGCAGCUAUGGCCUCAGCCACAUCCAGCCCUGGACCCGCGUCUCUGGGCUCUCAGGUUCACGCUGCAGCUGUCAAUGGAGAUAGGAGCGCUCUCCUCAAACUCAUCACAGCAGACCCGCUGCUGCGGGACCGCGAGGACCAGUUUGGCCGGACCCCUUUGAUGUACUGCGUGCUGGCUGACCGACUAGAUUGUGCAGAGAUUCUGCUGAAGGCCGGAGCCACGGUUAACAAGACCGACCAGAGCCAGCGCACCGCUCUGCACCUCGCCGCGCAGAAGGGGAAUGUGCGCUUCCUGAAGUUGCUGCUGUCCAGGCGCGCUAACUGGCUGCAGAAAGAUUUAGAGGAGAUCACCCCGCUCCACCUGGCCACCCGACACCCAUCCCCAAAAGCCCUCGCACUGCUGCUCAAACACAUUGGACCUGGAGAGGUCGACACACAAGACAAGAACAAGCAAACUGCUCUCCACUGGUCUGCGUUUUAUAACCGGCCGGAACACGUUCGCCUUCUGAUCAAACACGAUUCCAACAUCGGCAUCCCGGACAGCGAGGGAAAGAUCCCUCUGCACUGGGCGGCGCACAGUCAGGAGCCCAGCGCUACACAAACUGUCCGCUGCAUACUGGAAGCUGCUCCCACUGAAUCCCUGUUGAACUGGCAGGACUAUGAAGGCCGAACGCCCCUGCACUUUGCCGUUGCCGACGGUAACGAGGCAGUGGUGGAGGUGCUGACGUCUUACCAGGGUUGUAAUGUGACCGCUUAUGAUAACCUCUUCAGAACACCGCUGCACUGGGCUGCUCUUCUCGGCCAUGCCAGAAUUGUCCACCUGCUGUUGGAGAGAAACACAUCGGGCACUAUUCCCUCAGACAGCCAAGGAGCUACACCUCUGCACUACGGGGCUCAGAGCAACAACGCUGAGACAGUGGGCGUGUUUCUGUCCCACCCGUCUGUGAAGGAUGAACCCGAUCUGGAGGGGAGGACGGCCUUCAUGUGGGCUGCUGGGAAGGGCAGCGAUGAUGUCAUCCGCACCAUGCUGUCCCUCACCCCUCACAUUGACAUCAACAUGGCCGACAAGUAUGGAGGCACCGCACUCCAUGCAGCCUCCUUGUCGGGCCAUGUGAGCACAGUGAAGCUGCUGUUGGUGAGGGGAGCGAUGGUCGACUCUCUGGAUGUGAUGAAACACACGCCGCUGUUUCGGGCUUGCGAGAUGGGACACAGAGACGUCAUACUCACGCUCAUCAAAGGUUCUGCAAGUGUGGAUCUGGUGGAUGUGGAUGGUCACACCGCUCUGCAUUGGGCCGCACUGGGAGGGAAUGCUGAGGUCUGUGAAAUACUGAUGGAGAAUGGGAUUAGUCCCAACGUACAGGACCAGGCAGGACGGACUCCUCUGCAGUGCGCUGCUUAUGGCGGCUACAUCACCUGCAUGGCUGUUCUCAUGGAGACCAACGCUGAUGUGAACAUACAGGACAAGGAGGGGCGGACCGCUCUCCAUUGGUCUUGUAACAAUGGCUACCUGGACGCUGUGAAACUGCUGCUGGGCUACAAUUCCUUCCCUAAUCACAUGGAGCACACUGAAGAGAGGUACACUCCCCUCGACUACGCCCUGCUGGGGGGGCACAGUGAGGUGACUCAGUACAUGCUGGAGCACGGGGCCCUGUCCAUCGCAGCGAUCCAGGACAUCGCCGCUGCCUCCAUCCAGGCGGUGUACAAAGGCUACACCGUCCGCAAGGCCUUCCGGGAGAGGAAGCAGCUCCUCAUGAGGCACGAGCAGCUGCGCAAGGAGACCGCGAAGAAACGAGAGGAAGAACAGCGGAGGAGAAAAGCUGUGCAGCAAGUCUCAGUGGCCUCUGCAGAGAAACGGAGGGUCCCUGUGGUGAGGGCAGAGCAGGAAAAGCUCUCCUUAGUGAACAUUAUAGAGGACUUAUCCAUGAAUGACUCAGUGGUGGAAUCAAAGAAAUCAUCCAAAGCUGAACGAGCUAAGAGCAAAGAGGAGAGACUCAAAGCCCACAAGAGCAGAUCCUCCAGAAGAGGUAAAGCAGCUGAACCACACAAGGUUGCUGAUGCUUCGAGCUGCCACCGUCAUGUGACCGGUGACACUGUGCCUGCUGCUCUCCAGACCACCAGACUGAACGAACUUCUCUCUCCGGUCAGCUGCGGCCAGCCGCCCGGCCUCAAGCCAGGCCCCCUCCCCCUGCCCAAAGUCAGGGAACGACCUUCCUCAAGCACAUUCCUCCCCUCCACGUGUGUUGCGGUGACGGACAAAACUGACACCGUUACCCAAGAAUGCGUCCCUCUGAAGAAGAGGGACGCUCACGUGACUGUGCAUACGGCCCGCGGCGAGACCGGCGCUCCGCGGAAGCACAGGAACCAUAAGGAGCAGGCUUCAGAAAAGGCCGCCGCCAAAGAUGCAACUCCCAUUCCCUCGUUCAGAAGCAGCUCAUUUUUAGACCGCAAGAGCCCGUCGAGAAAGACUCAGUCCGCCACGCAGGCACCCAUCUCCACACGCGCACACAGGGAACACAACAAAGAGCAGCGCAGGAGGAACGAGGCCGCGCGCGUCAUCCAGGGCGCUUGGCGCAGGUUCCACGCUUGCAGACGGAGAGAGGUACCGGCCUGCGAGAAGGUGGAGUCAAAUUAUUCAAACCAGGCCCACACCAGGAGGAAGAUGGAAGUCCAAACUCAACCCAACAAACUGUCUACGGGUAAAAGCUCAGUGCUGCAAAGUAUCUACGGCAACUCAAUGGCCAGACGAGGACAUUCUCUCCAGUCUCAGAUGCUGCUGGACAUGUCCUUACGCCCACAGAGCCAGUUGAGCAGUAUUGACUGCGUGCACCUGACUGACGUUGUAAAUCAAGCCAAGCAGUACUCUUACCACCUGAGACCACAUAGUGCGGGACAGGGGACCAGAGGCCGGGGGAAACACUGACCCCACACACACAAGUUUUCUCAGCUGGCUGGCGGCCUUACCUCUAUAGAAUUACUUUACAUAUUGUUCGAUCAAUGUGCCAAGUUUUCUAAAAUUAAGCCAUAUGACAUCAGAGCCAUGACCUUGGAGGGUGGGGUUAAGUCUACAGAAACAGUGUGUGUAAAACAUAACCUUUCAUCCAUUGUGACACAUACACACGCCAUCUCCAUCACUCUCGCGCGCACACACACACACACACUGAGAUAACCUUUCCUCCUGUUCUGCAGAAUGAGGCAGUCUAUCAACAGCCGGUCAUAGAGAUAGCCCACCUGCAGCCACGCAGGCACACACACUUACUCUCUAUAUAACAGUCUCUUAAGUGCUUUCUGUCUCAAGAGCAAGAUGUAUUUCUUAACUGUUCCCUUUGUAUUUACUUAAAUAUGCACAAAAUAAUGGUUUCACCGUGUAUUUUAGAUGUACCUGAAUGUUUUUUUUAAUUG